AUGAGGGAUCGGACUGAGGGCAACACCAUGGUUAAGGUGUGGAGGCAGGUCCAGGAGGGUCACUGUGAGGAGUACCUGCAGAGAAAGGACCUCUACACCACCCUUUGUCAGCUCAGCACACCUGGAAGCAUCAUGAGUGCUCUGGGCCAUCAAUACCAGAAGCCGCCGACGCGCAGGGAGCUGCCGUCGCCGAGGCUUCUGAGAAAAGCCUACCUGAUCUAUGAGACAGAGCACAUUGAGGACUACCGGACACAAAUCAUGUCCACGUUCGGGAAAGUCCUCAAGUAUGACUCCACCAGGAAGAUCUGCAAGAAGCUUUCAGGUCACGGAAGAGGCACUGCAGAGUGGUGCACCAACGUGGCCAACGAGCUGGGGCAGGUCCUCAUGUCGGUGUUCACCUGCGAGGAGUCUCUUACGUGCCUGAAGCCCAUGGCUGACGGCCUCAUGGAGCGCUACAGGAGAGCAGGAGAGGCCCCUCCUGAGCUGAUGUAUGUGGACCGUGGCUGCUGCAGGGUGCAUGGUGUCUCCUCUUUGGAGCAUCUCUUCAGCGACUGGGCGAACAGUGGAAUGAUGGUGCGGCUGGACAUCUUCCACUGGAUAAAGCGCUUCGAUGCGGCCGUCCGGACAGACCACCAUCCUAAAUAUGCACUGUUUAAGUCUGCGCUCUCUGCAGCUGUCUUCUCCUACAAUAAGGAUGACAUGGCGCUGCUCAUCCAGGCCAUGCGUGCAGGAAACACGACCAGGUAUGCCUCACUGACUGACGCGAAGAUGAUUGAAAUCUACGUCAGCAAAGAAGAUCUCCACCACUUUGUCAGGAGGAUCACGUUGGGAGCCCAGGAGUCCUUCCUCCGUGUGCAGACAGCCAUCAACAGCCUGAAGGGAGCAGCUGGGCUGGAUGAGAACCAGGUCCCUCUGUUUAAGGACGCUGCAGCCAUCGACCGGGUCUGGGAGAACCAGCAGAAGCAACUGGAGUGCAUUCAGGAUCCCCCAGGGAGAGACAUGUACACUGUCAUGAAGGUCGUCACCCGCAACAGUGUGCGCAUGCCAUACUAUACCACCGUGAGAGGAAGCAACAGCCUGGAGGGGAUCCACUUCUUCCUGCCCCGGAUGAUCCCAGGGCCCCACUGUGCUGCCGUCCCCUUCCAGGUAUACCUCCUCAGUGGCAUCGCACGCUGGAACUCUGACCGGGAGUCAGGCAGCGUUAAAGGCCAGAAGGGCAGAAGAAAAUCGAGUGUACAUGUCUCCCCUGAUAGAUCGGCUUAACAAGCGGUGCCAAGACCUGUUUGGCGAGGUGGAGGAGAUCAACUUCAGGCCUCCAGUUCCUGCUGGUGAGGAGCGCAUUGGGCUGGAGUACCUCUUUGCCCAAUCUUCCCAGCCCUUCAGCGCUUCUGAGCAUUACGCUCAAACUAGAGAAACGCUUCAGACUGUGGAGGAUGAAGACGAUGAAGAGGAGGUUGCUGCCG